AUGGAAAAGGUUGUUGGAGGAAAGUAUAGAAUUGGUCGCAAAAUUGGGAGUGGAUCAUUCGGUGAAAUUUAUAUUGGGGCACAUGUUGUGACUUCUGAGCUUGUGGCCAUUAAGAAGGAGAACAAGAAAACUAAACAACCACAGCUACUAUAUGAGGCAAAGUUGUAUAAUAUUCUUAAAGGAGGAAGUGGUAUUCCAAGAAUGAAAUGGUUUGGUACUGAUGGAGACUAUAAUGUUCUAGUUCUUGAACUUAUGGGACCGAGUCUCGAAGACCUUCUUUACUACUGUGAGGGGAAGUUUUCGCUUAAAUCGGUUUUGAUGUUGGCUGAUCAGAUGCUUACGAGGAUCGAGUAUUUACAUUCCAAGGGACUUCUGCAUAGAGAUAUCAAACCGGAUAACUUCCUUAUGGGUCUCGGGAAGAAAGCAAAUCAGGUUUGUAUGAUUGAUUUUGGACUUUCCAAAGGAUAUAGAGAUCCUAUCAGUUACAAGCACAUUCCAUACAGAGAGAACAAAAACUUAACAGGAACUGCGCGUUACGCAAGUUGCAAUACUCAUAAAGGAAUUGAACAAAGUCGCAGAGAUGAUUUGGAGUCUCUUGGUUACGUUCUUUUGUACUUUUUAAGAGGAAGCCUUCCUUGGCAGGGUCUGCAAGCUGCCACGAGAACACAAAAAUAUGAAAAGAUUUGUAAAACGAAGUUAUCAAUUCGCAUCGAGGUACUUUGUAAGUCAUAUCCUGUGGAGUUCGCUUCUUACUUUCAUUAUUGUCGUUCCUUGACGUUCGAUCAACGACCAGAUUAUGGAUAUUUGAGACGCCUGUUUCGUGAAUUGUUCACUUCUAAAGGAUAUGAUGCUGACUAUUUAUUCGAUUGGACGAUUUUAAAAUAUCAGGAGAUACAACAAAUAAAGGAACAAAAUGAAUCCAUUGCUCCAGUUGCUUUACCUACAAUUAUUGAGCCGGUGGAUGCGGACGAGCAUAUAGAAGUCAAUGAUUGUACUCAAACUUCUGUGGCAAAACCACCAAUCUAUUCCGAUCGUCCACGUGUUUGUAUGAACCUCAGAGUAGCUAAUGUUGAAAGUCUUGAUGAUGAGAUUGAAUCAGAGAAACAUAAUGUGAAUACUGGUUUACCUAUUUCAACUGUCACGCCUAUAGUUUCUACCGAAAAUGUUCCAAAACCAGAAAGGACUGUAGAAGCCUCAAAUCCGGACGGUGUGUUAGGGAGUAAAUGUGGUGAUUCCGGUGAUAUCAUUCCUUCACUACGCCGAGUUUCAUCCAUCAAUUAG